GGGGACUGUAGAGGAGUCAGCUGGGCAUGCUGAAGGAGACCUGUGGGUAUGAUGAUUGUACAGGAAGGUGCCUGGCUUCCUGGAGGAGGCGUCAUCUCCGAUUGGAACCGAAGGAUGAGAAGGAAUUAUCUGGAUGAAGGGACCAACUGCGGAGGGCGGACAUAUACGGGCUCCAUCCUGGUGGCUGUGAACCCCUACCAGCUGCUCUCCAUCUACUCGCCAGAGCACAUCCGCCAGUAUACCAACAAGAAGAUUGGGGAGAUGCCCCCCCACAUCUUUGCCAUCGCUGACAACUGCUACUUCAACAUGAAACGCAACAGCCGUGACCAGUGCUGCAUCAUCAGUGGGGAAUCUGGGGCCGGGAAGACGGAGAGCACAAAGCUGAUCCUGCAGUUCCUGGCAGCCAUCAGUGGGCAGCACUCGUGGAUUGAGCAGCAGGUCUUGGAGGCCACCCCCAUUCUGGAAGCAUUCGGGAAUGCCAAGACCAUCCGCAAUGACAACUCCAGCCGUUUCGGAAAGUACAUCGACAUCCACUUCAACAAGCGGGGCGCCAUUGAAGGCGCAAAGAUUGAGCAGUACCUGCUGGAGAAGUCGCGUGUCUGUCGCCAGGCCCCGGAUGAAAGGAACUACCACGUGUUCUACUGCAUGCUGGAGGGCAUGAGUGAGGAUCAGAAGAAGAAGCUGGGCUUGGGCCAGGCCUCUAACUACAACUACUUGGCCAUGGGUAACUGCAUAACCUGUGAGGGCCGGGUGGACAGCCAGGAGUACGCCAACAUCCGCUCCGCCAUGAAGGUGCUCAUGUUCACUGACACCGAGAACUGGGAGAUCUCGAAGCUCCUGGCCGCCAUCCUGCACCUGGGCAACCUGCAGUAUGAGGCCCGCACAUUUGAAAACCUGGAUGCCUGUGAGGUCCUCUUCUCCCCAUCACUGGCCACAGCUGCAUCCUUGCUUGAGGUGAACCCCCCAGACCUGAUGAGCUGCCUGACCAGCCGCACCCUCAUCACCCGCGGGGAGACAGUGUCCACCCCACUGAGCAGGGAACAGGCACUGGACGUACGCGAUGCCUUCGUAAAGGGUAUCUACGGGCGGCUGUUCGUGUGGAUUGUGGACAAGAUCAAUGCAGCGAUUUACAAGCCUCCCUCCCAGGAUGUGAAGAACUCUCGCAGGUCCAUCGGCCUCCUGGACAUCUUUGGGUUUGAGAACUUUGCUGUGAACAGCUUCGAGCAGCUCUGCAUCAACUUUGCCAAUGAGCACCUGCAGCAGUUCUUUGUGCAGCACGUGUUCAAGCUGGAGCAGGAGGAGUAUGACCUGGAGAGCAUUGACUGGCUGCACAUCGAGUUCACCGACAACCAGGACGCCCUGGAUAUGAUCGCCAACAAGCCCAUGAACAUCAUUUCCCUCAUCGAUGAGGAGAGCAAGUUCCCCAAGGGCACAGACACCACCAUGUUACACAAGCUGAACUCCCAGCACAAGCUCAACGCCAACUACAUUCCCCCCAAGAACAACCACGAGACCCAGUUUGGCAUCAACCAUUUUGCAGGCAUCGUCUACUAUGAGACCCAAGGCUUCCUGGAGAAGAACCGAGACACCCUGCAUGGGGACAUUAUCCAGCUGGUCCACUCAUCCAGGAACAAGUUCAUCAAGCAGAUCUUCCAGGCCGACGUCGCCAUGGGCGCCGAGACCAGGAAGCGCUCGCCCACACUCAGCAGCCAGUUCAAGCGGUCACUGGAGCUGCUGAUGCGCACGCUGGGUGCCUGCCAGCCCUUCUUCGUGCGAUGCAUCAAGCCCAAUGAGUUCAAGAAGCCCAUGCUGUUCGACCGGCACCUGUGCGUGCGCCAGCUGCGGUACUCAGGGAUGAUGGAGACCAUCCGAAUCCGCCGAGCUGGCUACCCCAUCCGCUACAGCUUCGUGGAGUUCGUGGAGCGGUACCGUGUGCUGCUGCCAGGUGUGAAGCCGGCCUACAAGCAGGGUGACCUCCGUGGAACGUGCCAGCGCAUGGCUGAGGCUGUGCUGGGCACCCACGAUGACUGGCAGAUAGGCAAAACCAAGAUCUUUCUGAAGGACCACCAUGACAUGCUGCUAGAAGUGGAGCGGGACAAAGCCAUCACCGACAGAGUCAUCCUCCUCCAGAAGGUCAUCCGGGGGUUCAAAGACAGGUCUAACUUCUUGAAGCUGAAGAACGCUGCCACACUGAUCCAGAGGCACUGGCGGGGUCACAACUGUAGGAAGAACUACGGGCUGAUGCGUCUGGGCUUCCUGCGGCUGCAGGCCCUGCACCGCUCCCGGAAGCUGCACCAGCAGUACCGCCUGGCCCGCCAACGCAUCAUCCAGUUCCAGGCCCGCUGCCGCGCCUAUCUGGUGCGCAAGGCCUUCCGCCACCGCCUCUGGGCUGUGCUCACCGUGCAGGCCUAUGCCCGGGGCAUGAUCGCCCGCAGGCUGCACCAACGCCUCAGGGCCGAGUACCUGCGGCGCCUCGAGGCUGAGAAAAUGCGGCUGGCGGAGGAAGAGAAGCUCCGGAAGGAGAUGAGUGCCAAGAAGGCCAAGGAGGAGGCCGAGCGCAAGCAUCAGGAGCGCCUGGCCCAGCUGGCUCGUGAGGACGCUGAGCGGGAGCUGAAGGAGAAGGAGGCCGCUCGGCGGAAGAAGGAGCUCCUGGAGCAGAUGGAAAGGGCCCGCCAUGAGCCUGUCAAUCACUCAGACAUGGUGGACAAGAUGUUUGGCUUCCUGGGGACUUCAGGUGGCCUGCCAGGCCAGGAGGGCCAGGCACCUAGUGGCUUUGAGGACCUGGAGCGAGGGCGGAGGGAGAUGGUGGAGGAGGAUCUGGAUGCAGCCCUGCCCCUGCCUGACGAGGAUGAGGAGGACCUCUCUGAGUAUAAAUUUGCCAAGUUUGCUGCCACCUACUUCCAGGGGACAACCACGCACUCCUACACCCGGCGGCCGCUCAAACAGCCACUGCUCUACCAUGACGACGAGGGUGACCAGCUGGCAGCCCUGGCGGUCUGGAUCACCAUCCUCCGCUUCAUGGGGGACCUCCCUGAGCCCAAGUACCACACAGCCAUGAGUGACGGCAGUGAGAAGAUCCCUGUGAUGACCAAGAUUUACGAGACCCUGGGCAAGAAGACGUACAAGAGGGAGCUGCAGGCCCUGCAGGGCGAGGGCGAGGCCCAGCUCCCCGAUGGCCAGAAGAAGAGCAGUGUGAGGCACAAGCUGGUGCAUUUGACUCUGAAAAAGAAGUCCAAGCUCACAGAAGAGGUGACCAAGAGGCUGCAUGACGGGGAGUCCACAGUGCAGGGCAACAGCAUGCUGGAGGACCGGCCCACCUCCAACCUGGAGAAGCUGCACUUCAUCAUCGGCAAUGGCAUCCUGCGGCCAGCACUCCGGGACGAGAUCUACUGCCAGAUCAGCAAGCAGCUGACCCACAACCCCUCCAAGAGCAGCUAUGCCCGGGGCUGGAUUCUCGUGUCUCUCUGCGUGGGCUGUUUCGCUCCCUCAGAGAAGUUUGUCAAGUACCUGCGGAACUUCAUCCACGGGGGCCCGCCUGGCUACGCCCCGUACUGUGAAGAGCGUCUGAGGAGGACCUUUGUCAAUGGGACACGGACACAGCCGCCCAGCUGGCUGGAGCUGCAGGCCACCAAGUCCAAGAAGCCAAUCAUGUUGCCUGUGACAUUCAUGGACGGGACCACCAAGACCCUGCUGACGGACUCGGCAACCACAGCCAAGGAACUCUGCAACGCGCUGGCCGACAAGAUCUCUCUCAAGGAUCGGUUCGGGUUCUCCCUCUACAUUGCCCUAUUUGACAAGGUGUCCUCCUUGGGCAGUGGCAGCGACCAUGUCAUGGACGCCAUCUCCCAGUGCGAGCAGUAUGCCAAGGAGCAGGGCGCCCAGGAGCGCAACGCCCCCUGGAGGCUCUUCUUCCGCAAAGAGGUCUUUACGCCCUGGCACAGCCCCUCCGAGGACAACGUGGCCACCAACCUCAUCUACCAGCAGGUGGUGCGAGGAGUCAAGUUUGGGGAGUACAGGUGUGAGAAGGAGGACGACCUGGCUGAGCUGGCCUCCCAGCAGUACUUUGUGGACUAUGGCUCUGAGAUGAUCCUGGAGCGCCUCCUGAACCUUGUGCCCACCUACAUCCCCGACCGCGAGAUCACGCCCCUGAAGACGCUGGAGAAGUGGGCCCAGCUGGCCAUCGCCGCCCACAAGAAGGGGAUUUAUGCCCAGAGGAGAACUGAUGCCCAGAAGGUCAAAGAGGAUGUGGUCAAUUAUGCCCGCUUCAAGUGGCCCUUGCUCUUCUCCAGGUUUUACGAAGCCUACAAAUUCUCAGGCCCCAGCCUCCCCAAGAACGAUGUCAUCGUGGCCGUCAACUGGACGGGCGUGUACUUUGUGGAUGAGCAGGAGCAGGUACUUCUGGAGCUGUCCUUCCCAGAGAUCAUGGCUGUGUCCAGCAGCAGGGGAGCGAAAACGACAGCCCCCAGCUUCACGCUGGCCACCAUCAAGGGGGACGAAUACACCUUCACCUCCAGCAAUGCUGAGGAUGUUCGUGACCUGGUGGUCACCUUCCUAGAGGGGCUCCGGAAGAGAUCUAAGUAUGUUGUGGCCCUGCAGGAUAACCCCAACCCCGCGGGCGAGGAGUCAGGCUUCCUCAGCUUUGUCAAGGGAGACCUCAUCAUCCUGGACCACGACACGGGCGAGCAGGUCAUGAACUCGGGCUGGGCCAAUGGCAUCAAUGAGAGGACCAAGCAGCGUGGGGACUUCCCCACCGACUGUGUGUACGUCAUGCCCACUGUCACCAUGCCACCGCGGGAGAUUGUGGCCCUGGUCACCAUGACUCCCGACCAGAGGCAGGACGUUGUCCGGCUCUUGCAGCUGCGAACGGCAGAGCCCGAGAUGCGUGCCAAGCCCUACACACUGGAGGAGUUCUCCUAUGACUACUUCAGGCCCCCACCCAAGCACACGCUGAGCCGCGUCAUGGUGUCCAAGGCCCGAGGCAAGGACCGGCUGUGGAGCCACACGCGGGAGCCGCUCAAGCAGGCGCUGCUCAAGAAGCUCCUGGGCAGUGAGGAGCUCUCGCAGGAGGCCUGCCUGGCCUUCAAUGCUGUGCUCAAGUACAUGGGCGACUACCCAUCCAAGAGGACACGCUCCGUCAAUGAGCUCACCGACCAGAUCUUUGAGGGUCCCCUGAAAGCCGAGCCCCUGAAGGAUGAGGCAUAUGUGCAGAUCCUGAAGCAGCUGACUGACAACCACAUCAGGUACAGCGAGGAGCGGGGUUGGGAGCUGCUCUGGCUGUGCACGGGCCUCUUCCCACCCAGCAACAUCCUCCUGCCCCAUGUGCAGCGCUUCCUGCAGUCCCGAAAGCACUGCCCACUGGCCAUCGACUGCCUGCAGCGGCUCCAGAAAGCCCUGAGAAAUGGGUCCCGGAAGUACCCUCCGCACCUGGUGGAGGUGGAGGCCAUCCAGCACAAGACCACUCAGAUUUUCCACAAGGUCUACUUCCCUGAUGACACCGACGAGGCCUUCGAAGUGGAGUCCAGCACCAAGGCCAAGGACUUCUGCCAGAACAUCGCCACCAGGCUGCUCCUCAAGUCCUCAGAGGGAUUCAGCCUCUUUGUCAAAAUUGCAGACAAGGUCAUCAGCGUGCCUGAGAAUGACUUCUUCUUUGACUUUGUUCGACACUUGACAGACUGGAUAAAGAAAGCUCGGCCCAUCAAGGACGGAAUUGUGCCCUCACUCACCUACCAGGUGUUCUUCAUGAAGAAGCUGUGGACCACCACAGUGCCAGGGAAAGACCCCAUGGCCGAUUCCAUCUUCCACUAUUACCAGGAGUUGCCCAAGUAUCUCCGAGGCUACCACAAGUGCACGCGGGAGGAGGUGCUGCAGCUGGGGGCGCUGAUCUACAGGGUCAAGUUCGAGGAGGACAAGUCCUACUUCCCCAGCAUCCCCAAGCUGCUGCGGGAGCUGGUGCCCCAGGACCUUAUCCGGCAGGUCUCACCUGAUGACUGGAAGCGGUCUAUCGUCGCCUACUUCAACAAGCACGCAGGGAAGUCCAAGGAGGAGGCCAAGCUGGCCUUCCUGAAGCUCAUCUUCAAGUGGCCCACCUUUGGCUCAGCCUUCUUCGAGGUGAAGCAAACUACAGAGCCAAACUUCCCUGAGAUCCUCCUAAUUGCCAUCAACAAGUAUGGGGUCAGCCUCAUCGAUCCCAAAACGAAGGAUAUCCUCACCACUCACCCCUUCACCAAGAUCUCCAACUGGAGCAGCGGCAACACCUACUUCCACAUCACCAUCGGGAACUUGGUGCGCGGGAGCAAACUGCUCUGCGAGACGUCACUGGGCUACAAGAUGGAUGACCUCCUGACUUCCUACAUUAGCCAGAUGCUCACAGCCAUGAGCAAACAGCGGGGCUCCAGGAGCGGCAAGUGAACAGUCAGGGGAGGUGCUGGUUCCAUGCCUGCCCUCGAGGCAGCAGUGGGCUCAGGCCCAUCAGCUACCCCUGCAGCUGGGGAAGACUUAUGCCAUCCCGGCAGCAAGGCUGGGCUGGCCAGCCACCACUGCCCAUACCGACUGGGCCUCUGAUGUUCUUCCAGUGAGGCAUCUCUCUGGGAUGCAGAACUUCCCUCCAUCCACCCCUCUGGCACCUGGGUUGGUCUAGUCCUAGCUUGCUGUGGCCUUCCCGGUUGUGAGAGCCUAUGAUCCUUAGAUGUGUCUCCUGUUUCAGACCAGCCCCACCAUGCAACUUCCUUUGACUUUCUGUGUACCACUGGGAUAGAGGAAUCAAGAGGACAAUCUAGCUCUCCAUACUUUGAACAACCAAACCAAAUGUGCAUUGAAUACUCUGAAACCGAAGGGACUGGAUCUGCAGGUGGGAUGAGGGAGACAGACCACUUUUCUAUAUUGCAGUGUGAAUGCUGGGCCCCUGCUCAAGUCUCCCCUGAUCACCUCAGGGCAUAAAGCAUGUUUCAUUCUCUGGCC